GACGACGCCUUCAAAUUUUUUGCACACUGUUUUUUUUUUCUAUAUAUAUUUAUAAUAUAUAUUUUUUUAGUUUUUAUCUCACGAUGGCAUAAUUCAAAACCUGUGGGUAUAUACAGCAGAGCCACGUGCAGUCGUCGUCCGCAACAACUGCGAUAARGAGCAGUAUUAAACGAGCGAGAAAAAUGGGCGCGAAGCGGAAGGAAGGCGGAUCGGAGGUAGAGCCGGACGUGGCCCCUGCCGAAAACGAUAAAAUCGAACUGAAACCCAAAAUGAGCCUUUUGAACGGCGUCACCGUGAUCGUUGGCAGCAUCAUCGGUUCCGGCAUAUUCAUAUCGCCGACGGGCGUGUUGGAAAACACCGGUUCGGUGAACGCUUCUCUGAUCGUCUGGAUCUUGUCCGGCGUAUUUUCUAUGGUGGGCGCCUACUGUUACGCGGAACUGGGAUGCAUGAUAUCCAAAUCCGGAGCCGACUACGCGUACAUAAUGGAGACGUUUGGCCCGUUUAUAGCUUUCAUGCGACUGUGGGUGGAGUGCAUGAUCGUCCGACCGUGUUCGCAAGCCAUCGUCGCCCUCACGUUUAGCCUGUACGUGCUGAAACCAAUGUACACCGACUGCGAUCCGCCCGAAGAAUCGACACGGUUGCUGGCCACUUGCUGCAUAGGGUCGGAUUUAGGUGUGUGGUGGCCCCUGGCCGGAAUGCAUUGUGGGGCCCCUUACACAUAA